GUCUGCUCCAAAUAUCGUUCCUCUCCCUAACACAGCUCUGAGCUCCCAAAUUUCAUGGUCGCCCCUUCUAUUCUCUGCCUCCUAAAUACCUAGCUGCCUGAACAUAACCUGUCCCACUCCCCCUCCCACAAUCCGAAGUCCUUAUCGCUAAACUUGUUGCCCCCACCACAUACCUUAGGUGCCCCCCUCCCCGCACACUUAGCCUCUCCCCCGCCCCCCAGACAUCUGAGUAACCCAAGCACUGAUCCUUGCUCCUCCACCGCACUGUGCAUUCCUUCCUACCUAUUCUAGGCGUUGACUCUUUUCGUCAAGGCCCAACCAACUUCCCUAAGAUCUCGGUCUCAACUUGGGGUGUGCUGUCAAAACUCCCCACAGGGUCUCAACUCCUCGGCCACUCGGCCCGUGCGGGUUGGCCGCGCGAUGCUCCCGGUGACCACUAGAGGGCAGGCGUUCCCGGCCAGAAGGACCGGCCAGCCUGCCACUCAAGGUGGAGAGUUGGGUAGGAACGACCUUAGGCUUCGGUAGAGCCCCAGUUUCGUCCUUUUUAAGUGGAAAUUUCCCCCCACCGCCUUUCUCAGGAGCAAGCCAAACAGGGACCCAGGCUACUGGAAAGCCUGGCAGGGGCGGAGACUGUGGUUUUCAGAGUACAGGGAGCGGUUAGAAGGGUGGAGCUAUUCCGGGAAGUGAUGGGGGGAGGGAGCCUGAAACUAGCGACUUGUCCAUUAUUAUCCAGCCCCCUUGUGUCCUCUCAACUUAUGGAAAGCCGUUUUUAAGGAUCCGCAGAGAGAAUAGGAAACGGGAUUGGGGAACCUAGGGAUGGGUUUCCCUGGGCUAGUUGUCCAGGGCCUUUCUGUGCUCCGUUUCCCCAUCUUGACCAUUGCUCUGGGGCUAAAACCAGAGCCAGGGGGCCCCAGGUCUCCUCCACAAACACACCUGGGGAAGUCAAGGAGAGCUUGGUAAAAGGGGGGAAGCCAACUGGAGAAUAAACAAGUAGUCAUAAGAUUGAGUGAUUGGAGCCCAAGUACCCUACACAGGAAUGGUUGGGGAGGAGGAGGAAAAGAUAGGGGAGGGGGCGGAGUUUUGUCACCUGUCACCUGCUCUGGCUGUGCCUAGGGCGGGAGGGGUACUGGUAUAAAGCAGCGGGCACCAGAGCUGCUCCACCGCACACACGCCACAGCUCCUGCCUUGAGUCUGUUUCUGCCCUCUUCCCGCCUCUUCACCACCACCAUGACCCCAGGCAUCCGGGCUCCUUUCUUCCUGACGCUCCUUCUAGUGCUUGUAACAGGCUUUCUUGCCCUUCCAGAUCAAAACAGUGUCGUCUUAUCUCUGGACACCAACAGUUCCCCAACCUUGAAUACCACUCCAGUCCACAGUGGUUCUUCAGCCCCAGCCACCAGCUCUGUAGUGGACUCGGCCACCACUCCAGUCCACAGUGGUUCUUCAGCCCCAGCCACCAGCUCUGCAGUGGACUCAGCCACCACUCCAGUCCACAGUGGUUCUUCAGCCCCAGCCACCAGCUCUGCAGUGGACUCAGCCACCACUCCAGUCCACAGUGGUUCCUCUGCCCCAGCCACCAGCCCUGCAGUGGACUCGGCCACCACUCCAGUCCACAGUGGUUCCUCUGCCCCAACCACCAGCUCUGCAGUGGACUCAACCACCACUCCAGUCCACAAUAGUUCUUCAGCCCCAACCACCAGCCCUGCAGUAGACUCAACCACCGCUCCAGUCCACAAUAGUUCUUCAGCCCCAGCCACCAGCUCUGCAGUGGACUCAACCACCACUCCAGUCCACAAUUUCUUCAGCCCCAGCCGUGGUUCCUCUGCCCCAGCCACCAGCUCUGCAGUGGACUCAACCACCACUCCAGUCCACAAUAGUUCUUCAGCCCCAACCACCAGCCCUGCAGUAGACUCAACCACCGCUCCAGUCCACAAUAGUUCUUCAGCCCCAGCCACCAGCCCUGCAGUGGACUCAACCACCACUCCAGUCCACAGUGGUUCCUCUGCCCCAGCCACCAGCUCUGCAGUGGACUCGGCCACCACUCCAGUCCACAAUGGCUCCUUGGUCCCAACUACCAGCUCUGCGCUGGAAUCAGCUACCAGUUCAGCCCACAGUGGUGCCUCUUCUAUGACUAAUAGUUCUGAACCAGACUUGGAGACCACUCCAGUUUACAGUGGCACCUCUAUCUCUACUACCAAGGCUACUUUAGCCUCUGCCAUCACCCCAGUCUACAAUGGCUCCUUGGUGCCAACUACCAGCUCUGUGUUGGGCUCAGCCACCACUCCGAUCAGUAAUAACAUCUCUACAAUGGCUACUACAACUCCAGUUGGCAAUGGUACUCAAUCUUCAGUCCCAAGCCAGCACCCUGUCACGCCCACCACUCCUGCUGUCUCCAGCAACAGUACCAUUGCCUAUAGCACUUACCACAGCACGGCACUCUCCCCUACCUUCUCCAGCAAUAGUUCACCCCAGGUGUCUGUUGGAGUCUCUUUCUUCUUGUUGUCUUUUCACAUUUGGAACCACCAGUUUAAUUCUUCCCUGGAAGAUCCCAGCUCCAACUACUAUCAAGAACUGAAGAGGAACAUUUCUGCAUUGUUUCUGCAGAUUUUUAACCAAGCUUUUCUGGGGAUCUCUACUAUCGAGUUCAGGUCAGGUUCAGUGGUGGUAGACUCAACUGUGAUUUUCCGGGAGGGUGCUGUCAGUGCCUCUGAGGUGAAGUCACAGCUUGUACAGCAUGAAAAGGAGGCAGAAGUCUAUAAUCUGGCUAUUUCAAAAAUCAAUGUGAAUGAGAUGCAGUUUUCUUCCUCUGCCCAGUCUUGGCCUGGGGUACCAGGCUGGGGCAUAGCCCUACUGGUGCUGGUCUGUAUUUUGGUUGCUUUGGCCAUCAUCUAUCUCAUUGCACUGACAGUGUGUCAGUGCCGCCGAAAGAACUAUGGACAGCUGGACAUCUUCCCAACCCAGGACACCUACCAUCCUAUGAGUGAAUACCCUACCUACCACACUCAUGGACGCUAUGUGCCCCCUGGCAGUACCAAACGUAGCCCCUAUGAGGAGCCAGUAGUGGCAACCACUUCAGCCAACUUGUAGGGGCAAGUCACCCGCUCAGGGGGCAGCUGUGCAGACUGCUGCCUCAGACUUCACUGCCAGCCCCCUGCCUGCACUCUGAUCUGGGCUGGUGAGCCAGGGUUCUGGUAGGCUGCUCACAGCCUUCCUGAUACUCUUGUCAAGUGUCUCAACCAUCUUAGCCUGGUGAAGCCCAGCCCUGCCCUGGGGGACACCCUGGGGCAGGGGUGCAGUGGUGGCUCUCAGAAGGACUGGCCUAGAAAGGCUGGAGAUGAGAUGGGAACCCAAACCUAGCUGAAUAAAAGGUGGCCUCCUGUUA